AUGCCCACACGGCUUCGCAAUGCCGCCGCCGAAGAGGCUGCGCAUCCUCCUCAUCGAUAUGAUAUACCCGGCCUUCAGUUCGAUGAAGUUCUGACAUGGCGCGCCGGCAAACCUAUCGCUGUGGGAGAUCUUCUCACGCGACUUCAGAAGCUUGCCGGCCAGCUGCGCGACUAUGACCUUGACCAAGUCGACUCGCGUGCUUUUACACCACUUGCGCUCGACCUCGCAAAUCCAAAUCUCCUCGGCCACAAGGACAAGGGUGUGAGAGCAUGGACUGUCUCCUGCAUUGUAGAUGUUCUCAAGAUCUGUGCCCCGGAUGCCCCGUUCGUCGAGGCGCAAUUAAAGGACGUAUUCACGGUCAUCAUCAACUCUAUUCUACCUGCGCUCGCUGAUCCAACCAAUGCAUACAACGCGCAACAUGUCUACAUUCUCAUUUCCCUCGCCGAGUCGCAAAGCAUCUUGCUCGUAACUGAUAUUCCUAACAACGAAAACUUGAUCACAUCUCUCUUCACCACCGCGUUCGAUAUUGUCGCCGGCUCUGGAAAUAAUACUUCGGGGGUGGAGGUUUCAAAGAGCGUGGAGUACCAUCUAAAGAACCUUCUGGCUGCAGUUGUUGAUGAGGUUGUCCUCCCUCAGGAGGUAACGGACGUUAUCAUUUCCCAGUUUAUGCGCGUGGACGCCCGCAAUGUGCAGGACCAUGGAGCCAAAGGCAAGAAACGGGAUCCCCAGGACACCAAGCAGGGCACGCUGCUCCUCAAAGACUAUCCUCCAGCAUACAACAUGGCCAAGUCUCUCUGUACCACCUGUCCCGAGAAGAUGACUGCCCACAUCACCCAAUAUUUUGGAACUGUGAUUGUCGACAGUGCUAGCGGUCUCACUCAGCCUCCCCACAAACGUACUGCCUCGGAUGCUGACGGCGACGAUGAGGAAAGAGAGGGUCUGGCAGAUUUGCGAAAAGCCCAUCGUUUACUUCGAGAGUUGUGGCGUGCGUGCCCAGAUGUCCUCCUGAAUGUCAUUCCUCAGAUUGAGGCCGAGUUCUCUGCUGAUUCCACGUCCCUCCGUCGGCUGGCCACCGAAACCAUCGGAGAUAUUACUGCCGGGAUUGGCAUUGCUGGGCUGUCUCCAUCAGUACCUCUCGAUCCUGCUGCGUAUCCUCUGCCAUCUAUCGACCGCCCAGAAGAGAUCCCUGCGCAGACAAAUCCCCUUCUAACUCCGGCCUCUCCCAAACCAUUCAUGGCGGUCCACGCCGCGGCAUAUCAGUCCUUCCUCGGCCGUCGGAACGAUAAGUCAUAUGCUGUUCGUGAAGCAUGGGCUAAUGCCGCUGCUCGAAUCUUGCGCACGUCGGCUGGAGGGAUCGGGUUGAAUCCGCAAGAGCUCGAGGACUUGCUUGCCGGCUUUGCUCAGAUGCUUCGCGAUCCAGAAGAGCGUGUGCGCCUAGCGGCUAUUCAGUCCAUUUACACCUUUCACUAUGCGAGCAUGAUCAACAUUCUGGGCGCAGAUGGCGGCCUGGCGAAGCAGCAGACUGUGUUUUCUUCGUUGGCUGAACGCGCUAUUGACCGAAAGCAUCACGUCAGAGAGGCAGCGAUCGAAUUGCUCGGUCGGAUUUGGGGAGUAGCCUCGAGCGAUAUCGAGUCAGGCAAUGAGGUGGUCAAGAGCAUUUUUGGAGACAUCCCAAACCGCAUAUUUGGCGCUUAUUUCACCAACGACCCGCAUGUUCACGCCGUGAUUGACAAGGUUCUGUAUGAAAGUCUAUUGCCGCUUUCUUUUCCACCAUCGAAAAUCCAGGUAUCACGCACAGAGAGCCAGAAACAGCGAGGCAGAGAUAAGGAGGGUGGUUCACCAGAAGAAUCGGUGUUCGAUCCUGAUGCUGUCAGAGCGCGUCGCAUUCUAGCACUCGUCCAAAGCUUGGAUACAAGACCGCGCGCGGUAUUUUUCAGCCUCCAAAAUCGACAGGUGCAAAUGGGCAAAGGUAUGAGGAUGUUCCUGGAGACCUGUGAGAAGUACAAUGGAGGCGUUCUGGAAGACGACACAUCAGAGGCAGCGCUCGAGGAGCAUCUCACCCGCAUGAUCGAGCAGCUCUCAAAAAGCUUCCCUGAACCACCCGAGUUUUCGGCUGAUCUCUGGAAAUUCGCGAAGCAACACAAUCGUCGAUGGUAUCAAUUGAUACGAUUCGCCACCGGUCCUGAGCAUGAUUAUCGCACAGUCACCAAGGCCAUCAAGGAGCUCAUCAAACGCAUACGCGAGACUUCUGGGGGAGUACAAUCACUCGUUGAUACGAUUCAACCGCUCUUAUACCGGUGUGCUUUGCUUGCCUAUAACCGAAGUCAUGUGCCAGCGAUCAUGGCUAUAUCGCGGACCGAUGAGGGCGGUUUGGGUGAGGUAGCUCACGAGGUUCUGAAAGAGAUCUCUGCUCGAAAUCCGGAAGUGCUCAAGUACCACAUCCAGGCGCUGUGCAAAGAGCUCGAGGACGAGGCACCAUCAGCUACCAAACCUGAGCAAGACGGUGUGCCUGACACCCUGAAGGCAUGUGCCGCAUUUGCUCGAAAAUAUCCUUCAGAAAUGCCCAAAGAGCGCAAGUUCCUGACUGCGUUAGCACAAUUUGCUUUGUUCUCGAAAUCGCCACGGGCAGCGAAACACGCCGUGUCCAUCAUCAUGAUGGCGGCAGACAAGAAGGAAAUGUAUGCAAAAGACCUGCUGUCAAAGGCGCUGGCAGGUGUCGAGUCUGACGAUCCUCAUUUCCUUGCCCGCUUGGCUACUAUAGCGCAGGUCUGUCUUCUCGCGCCCAACGCGGCAGGCGUCGACUCGGAUGCCAUUGGCAAGCUUGCGCUCUCAGGGAUUUUGCUGAAAAACAAGUCGCCUAGUAAGAUGAAUGAUCCGAAUGCGUGGGAUGAUAGCCCAGAUGAAGAGACAAGAGCCAAAGAAUUGGCACUGAGAAUCCUCGUCAAUCGCUGCCGCGCCCAGGACGAAACUGCGGAAACCGACGAAAGCGCGGCAUUAGCCAAACAGACAUUCAAGCAUCUCAUUGUUUUGAUCAAGAAUGAAGGAGAAAUAACGCCUUCGAACGAUACGCCACCCGCACAGAAGAACCGGCUCAGACUCACCGCUGCACAUCUGAUAUUGAAGCUCUGCAGCCACAAAAGAAAGUUUGAAGACUUGAUUGACCCUCAGGCGUUCAAUUCAAUCGUGAUGAUCAUAAUACAUCCUCCUAAUCCGGUGCGGGCUGGAUUUGUAAACUCUCUGAAGAAGUAUCUAGGUCUCAACCGCCUGGCUCACCGGUGGUUCACGGCCCUCUUCCUCCUAGCUUUUGAGCCAGACCUGGAGCUGCGGGCGUCAACCAUUACGUGGAUUCGAGCGCGGGUGCAAUUCUUUGCUAGGCAGCGGCUUCAAGCAAGUUCGACGGAAAAGAAAAUGCAUCAGAACGUAAUGGAGUCAACAUUUUCACGUCUGCUCAGUUUACUAGCCCAUCAUCCGGAUUUUCCGAUCGAGGAUAGCGACGAAUUUGACGGAGAUUUGCUCGAUUUCGCCAAAUAUAUCGUCUUCUACCUUUGGGCAGUUGCCACGGAAGACAACCUCUCGUUGAUAUUCCACAUUGCACAACGUGUAAAGGGUGCCAGAGACAGUGUCGUUGGUACGGACGAUGCAAGUAAGCGAUUGUACAUUUUGAGCGAUCUGUCGCAGGCGGUCAUCCGGAAUUACGCAGACACCAUGCCAGCGCGUGCAAAGGGGGUCAACUUACUACAGACAUGGCCCGGCAAAGUCAGCCUCCCUCGGAAUUUGUUCAAAGCACUUCCUAGUCACGAAGCCGCGCAGGAAAUUGCUGAGAGGAAUUAUUUACCGGAGGAUGUUGCUGUUGGACUGGAGAAGAUGAUUCGGACGUAUAUUAAGGAGUUGAAGAAUGCGGGCCACCCAGCUAAGCGCGCAACGAUCGCCGAGAGGAAGCGGAAGAGCGACGCGGCGAUGCUGAACGACGAAGACGAUGGCGGUGAGGGGCGAAAGAAAGCGCUGAAGAAGCAGAAGAAAAGCACUCUUGCCAUCCGCAAAACACCCAAACCGGGGCGCAAGAGCUCUGAACUUGCCAGUAGUCCGACCUUGCCAUCACGGAAGAGCACUCGGGGUUCCCACGUGGUGUCAUAUGCAGAGUCUGAUACAGAGGACGGGGAUAUGGAGAUGGAAGACACAGAUUCCCGGACCGGUAGUCCACCGGCUCGAAGAAAGAGCAAGAGAACGAAACGAGAGCUGGACGAAGACCAGGAUCAGCAAGCAGAUGAUGGUGACAACCACGACGAUGAGGAAAGGCGCGAGGGCGACGAAGAGCGGGACAACGCCGAGAUGGAAGUUCACGAGAGAGACCCGGACGCGGAAGUUCAUGUCCACGAAGAUGAAGAUGCCACCGCUAUUAGCGCAAACGAGGUUGAGAUGGCAGCAACAGAGGACAUAUCCCCACCACUGAAGGAAAAGAAGAACACGGUCGGUGGAAAAGUGCGGCAAGGCAAGAAAGUCGCGGCUAAGAAGACCGCGACACCCAAGCAACAGACAGAACCGGAAGUACGGACGACCCGGCAGACGAGGAGCACGAAGACGUGA